UUUAAGGAUAUGCCUUAGCUUGCAAAUGCAACAUCUCCAAUUUACGGAUUGUGAAAUAAAGGAAAUUAAACAUUUAUUGUUUAAUUGGCAGCUGGAUGAGUUCAUCACCAUGAUCCACAGUACAGAAAUAAUGAAAAAUUCAUCAAUAAUUCACAGCAGCAUGAAGCAGAUGACAAAGAUAGUGAAGCACUUCAACACGCCAGUUCAUAAUUUCCUUGUUGUCUCCAAGUCAUUACCGGUUUCCAGAAUAUUCCAGAAGCAUUUCAAAUUCCCGAUCAGGAAGAAGCUGCAGCAGCAGCAGAUUAAUCCAGCAUUCUGUGCGGUUAUGAAAUCCAAGGCUGCUCUUAGGAUCUUGAAGAAGUACGAGAAAGUGUCGAAUUAUAAUGGUUUAGUAAACAGGAUGUUUGAAUGUAAUACAGAUAUGCAGGUGAUGAUGAAGUCAUCGGCCUGCGCUCUAGAGUUGAUGGCUCUCCAGAUUAACUCUAAGCAUGAAACCAAGCUGUUUGAUCAGUGGCUGUUUCUGGCAGACGACGGGCCGCCUUCUCUCUCACUCACACUUCAAGACUCCACCGUGCUUAAUGUUGAUCUCACUUGCUCCAUCUGCCUAAAGGAAACAGUGUUCGAUCCAGUUUCCCUUUCAUGUAAUCACAUAUACUGCUACAUGUGUGCUUGCUCUGCUGCCUCUGUCACCAGUAUCGAUGGACUUCGCUCUGCCAACUCAAACACAAAAUGCCCUUUGUGCCGAAAAGAAAGCGUAUUUGGAAGCGCAGUGCGAAUGAAGGAGCUGAGUAUAUUUCUUAGUAAACAUCUGCCGGAGUAUUGGAAAGAACGACGGCACAAGGAAAGGAAAGCUAGGAUACAAGAAGCCAAGGAAUACUGGGAAUCUAAGCAUCGUGCUUUUGUUGGGAUAAACUAAGCAUAUCAGAGCUAUAACUAAUAAGCCAGGCCACAUAUAACUAUCAAAGCAGUUGUGUUAAA